AUGACGGUUCCUAUUGAUCACAUCAUCGAGACCCCUCCGCGGGCACCGUCCCCUGUCCACGGCUUCGGAACCCUUGCUGUUCAUGCCGGUGCCCCCCACGAUCCUACAACCGGCGCCGUCAUCGAGCCCAUCUCUCUAUCUACUACUUUCGCGCAGACUGCUGCCGGAAAGCCAGUCGGCUUAUACGAAUACUCGCGCAGCUCCAAUCCCAACCGUGAUAACUUCGAGCAAGCUGUAGCCGCGUUGGAACAUGCCAAAUAUGCACUCGCCUUCAGUAGCGGAAGCGCUGCUACUGCUACCAUUCUCCAGAGCUUGGCUCAGGGUUCCCACGUCAUCAGCGUCAGUGAUGUCUACGGCGGCACCCAUCGGUAUUUCACCCGGGUCGCUAAGGCCCAUGGUGUUACUGUUACCUUCACUCCCCAGAUCGAGGUCGAUAUUGCAGCGCACAUCCGCGACAACACCAAAUUAGUAUGGAUCGAGUCGCCUAGCAAUCCUACAUUGCGCCUUGUAGAUAUUAGGGCCGUCGUCAACGCAGCCCAUUCGCGAGGCGUCGCAGUUGUCGUUGACAAUACCUUCCUUAGCCCCUACGUCCAGAAUCCCCUCGACCACGGCGCCGAUAUCGUCGUUCACAGUGUCACCAAGUACAUCAAUGGACACAGCGACGUUGUUAUGGGACUGGCCGCUUUCAACUCGGAUGAAUUACGUGAACGUAUAGCCUUCCUACAGAAUGCCGGCGGCGCUGUACCGUCGGCCUUUGACUCCUGGCUUGCCCACCGAGGAGUCAAGACGCUACACUUGCGAGUGAGACAGUCAAGUGGCAACGCUACGACUGUCGCGAGAGCCCUAGAGGCUAGCCCCCACGUAAUUUCUGUAAAUUACCCUGGUCUAGACUCUCACCCACACAGACAUAUUGCUUUAAAACAGCACCGAGAGGGUAUGGGCGGCGGUAUGCUUUCGUUCCGCAUCAAGGGAGGCCGAGCCGCGGCUGAACGGUUCUGCCAGCUGACCAAGAUCUUCACGCUGGCUGAGAGUUUAGGUGGCAUCGAGAGUCUGGUCGAACUACCGAGCGCAAUGACGCACGCCGGUAUCCCCCGAGAACAGCGAGAGGCCGUAGGCGUUUUUGACGACCUCGUGCGUGUGAGCUGCGGUAUAGAGGAGCCAGAAGAUUUGCUUCGUGAUGUGCAGCAGGCGUUGGAGAAGGCGGUGUCUGAGACAGCUGCUUCGAGCAAUGGGACGAAUGGCGUUAACGGACACGAAUCAAAAUAG